GACGCCUCCGCCCCCUUGCUGAUGCUAGCAAGUCAUGCGGCCUACUCCACUGUUUGGAUUCGGGGCUUGUUGGACAGCAGGCGGGGCAGACAUGGAAGACAAGUGGAAGUGUGUGUAUAGUCUUUGAGAAACAAUGCAGCUGACUUAAACACUCAGCAACUUGCAUUCGUUCGUGUGCAGCUAGCGACUCAAGAUUGGCGGCUUUGCACUUCCUCCGCCCGGAAGACAUGGAGCUCUCUUCGGAGGGAGAGGCGGCGGAACACAGGCGGGAGCUCUGGAAGCUGCUGUCCAGCCUGAAGACCACCGUGGAGGGCCUCCUGUCCACAAACAACCCCAAUGUUUGGUCCCGCUAUGGCGGCCUGCAGCGCCUGCACAAGGACAUGAACAACAUUCUCAGCCAUGGACUGAAGAACAAGCAGGUGUACUACAAGCAGAGAGACUACUGGCCGUUUGUGUGGUGUGUUCGUCGCAUCCGCCCGCACCUCGCCUCCCAUGUUGAACAGUUCAGUCAACUGGAGCCGGUACUGAGCAGCAGGGUGCAGAGUGGCGGUGAGAGCUACAAGGCAGAGCGCUGGUUGCUUCACAGCUUGCAGGUCCACAUGCUGUCAGCGCAGCUCAAACCUCUGCUCAGGCACGUGGGGCACACGAGAAAAUACUACCACGAUGAGGCCUUCCUCCUCAGUGAGCCACACGUCACCGCCAUGUUCCAGUGUCUGGAAGCCGUGGAGCAGAAUAACCCCAAACUGCUGGCCCAGAUAGACACAGUCGGGCUGUCCCCUCUGAAGAACCCGCCGUGCCUCGGCCUGUUGAAGAGCCAGAGCCUGUGUGUGUUGCCGGGGGCCGGCGGGGCAUGGAGACGUGCAGACUCCGCACCGGCAGAAGAAUCUCUAAACCGGAGGCUCACCACAUCCCACUGCUCUCUCCGAGAUGUGACCGCCACCACCAACGGGAACAUGGCAGCAGUCGGCUCCCCGAACAGCAACAGCACAAAUUCUACCUCAUCAGCCAGCAGCUUGGGUGCUCCCUGGGUGUGCGUGACCAGUCCGGAGGAGAGCGAAGGGGGUGUGACGCCCCCUCCUGGACACGCAUCCAUACCCUCCAUCUCGCUUUCCGAAUCUCCCUCGCCCUCCUCCCCUCAGCCUGACACGGGCGAUUCAGGCGACUGUGACUAUGACGAUGGUCCAGAGUACCUGGCCAUCGGUAACCUGGGCCAACGCAGCCGCCGCAGCACUCAAAGCUCCACGCAGAGCAGUGAGCCCAGCGAGAGCAAGGACCCGUCCAUGCUGGGAUGUUCUCAGGCUCCACCCGCGCCCAGGCGCUCAUCUUUUUCAGAGGGGCAGAGAGGGCCGGCUCGAAGCUCCCGGGGGCACACCCGUUCGUUUUCCGACACAGGCCUUACCCAAAAACUCAGGAAAGGAGCGGCUCACCGGAAAAUCACCAUAAUAAUAGAGGAUCCGGUAGCAGAAUCGACGGGCGAUGACUGCUGCAUGAAGGAGUACAACCCUUUCUCACCUCAACGCAGUGAUGCCAGCACGCCCGCUUCCCGUUACAUGGAGUCUCAUGGGUCCCAGUACAGCAGGGCUUCAGAUGGCUUGUUCAGGAAGCCGUCAGAGGGCCAGAGCCUCAUCAGCUACCUGUCAGAGCAGGACUUUGGCAGCUGCGCUGACCUUGAAAAGGAGAACGCUCAUUUCAGCAUCUGCGAGUCGCUCAUUGCCGCCAUCGAGCUGAUGAAGUACAACUUGCGGCAUCAGCAGCAGGAGGGCGAGGAAGAAGGAGACAGUGACUCUGAGAUCCAGCAGCUCAAGCAGAAGAUCCGCCUGCGAAGGCAGCAGAUCCGCCGCAACCGCCUGCCGCCCUGCACGGCCUCCCAGCACAUUUUCCACUCGAUUGAUAGCGGCGGCUCGAGAAGGAGCUCCCAGGACUCCCUUCACGGCCUCUCUGACUCUGACUCCGCUGAGGAGGUGGAGGAGUGUGAACUACGAGAUGGCUGUGAGGGUCAGUCCCUGCUGGCGAUCUCUCAGAACGGCCUCUCCCUGUCACUUGCCUCCCUUUUCUCAGAAGCAGACAUCAAGCGGAGUGUAAGCUCCAGUAGCAGGUCUUUUCUGAGCUCAGAGUCCAUCUCCACCUCCUUCCUUCAGUCCAACUCGGCCGAGUCCGUCGCCAUGGGUUUGCUCCGACAGUUUGAGGGCAUGCAGCUCCCCGCUGCCUCCGAGCUUGACUGGCUGGUUCCUGAACAGGACGCCCCACAGAAGCUGCUGCCUAUCCCAGACUCUCUGCCCAUCUCCCCCGAUGACGGGGAACACGCAGACAUCUAUAAGCUACGAAUUCGCGUACGAGGGAACCUGGAGUGGGCGCCGCCACGGCCGCAGAUCAUCUUCAACGUUCACCCGCCGCCCAAGAGGAAGAUAAUAGUGGCUAAACAGAAUUAUCGCUGUGCUGGCUGCGGCACCCGCGUUGACCCAGACUAUAUUAAGAGACUGCGCUACUGCGAGUACAUCGGCCGUUACUUCUGCCAGUGCUGCCACGAGAACGCCCAGGCUGUGGUUCCCGGUCGCAUUCUGAUGAAGUGGGACUUUGGCAAAUACUAUGUGAGCAACUUUGCCCGUGACUUGCUGAGCAAGAUCGCCAGCGACCCGCUCUUCAACCCGAAUGACAUCAAUAGCGGCCUCUACAAGAAGGUGAAAGCGCUGGAGUCCGUCCGGGUUUUAAGGAUGCAGCUGUUUCAUAUGAAAAAUCUCUUCAAGACCUGUCGCUUUGCAAAUGAGGUUCUUGAGCACUUCGACAGCCUUCCUGGUCACCUGACAGAGGACCUUCACCUGUUUUCCCUAAAUGACCUCACGUCUGUGCGCAAUGGGGAAUUGGCCCCCCGAAUGAAGGAGCUGCUUAAACUGGGCACCAUGCACGUAGCAGGCUGUGUGCUGUGCCAGGCGAAAGGCUUCGUGUGCGAGUUCUGCGGCAACGACAAAGACAUCAUCUUCCCCUUCCAACUGAGCAAGUGCCAGCGCUGCGAAGAGUGCCACGCGUGUUACCACCGCGCCUGCUUCAAGGCCAGCAUGGCCUGCCCUCGAUGUCGGCGGCUGGCGGAGCGCCGAGAGAGGAUGGCGCGCAGGAACAUGGAAGAGCAAGAGGACAAGGGGGGCGGAACGUAGCAUGGAGGCAAGAAGAAGACGACGACAAAGAAGAAGAGCACAAUGCGACCAUGAUUGUAACGACUCCGUUCCUGAUUUGCUAUGUCAAACUAACUGCUGUUUGCAGCAAGUGUUUUCUGUUAGCACCUUUCACUCUAGCACUUAACACUGGAGAACGUGUCCAAUGUGGAGGUGGGUGGGUGGGUGGGUGGGGGUGCCUCAGGCAGCUUUCUGCCAUGUCAGGUGAGACCAGUGUUCAUUCCUCUAAUAUGGAGGCAAGCCAUGUUGCAGCUCCGCACAACAGAAAGCCAAAGAUUGUUCACUUUUAUUGGCACUUAACUUGUCUCCUUUUAGCGGUAAGAAGACUCGUACUUGACAGCUAAUCAAAUAACCAGGUUGGAUGUUUGUCUUUUUUUUUUUUUAUUUAUACCGUAAAUGCUCUAAUUAUAGCUAGAGGUGUUUAUUGACCUUAACCGCAAAGGAAACCCAUCGUCUCUAAAAACAUCAUUUGUAAACUGUAAUCAUGAUGGGGAGUGCAUGAGAAAGCGAAACUCUAUCAUUGACCGCAUGGUCAUUUAUUCAAAAGUUCUAUUGCACAACACAGAACCAGUGUUGUAAUAACAGAUGAGUUGAUUGUAAGCGGCAGCAUUUUAAAGCGCAUGCAGAGGCAGGUAACAACCACUCGCGAUACUUCAAGUGCAGCUACUGCCAUCUUGUGGCGUUAAUAAAAAACACAUCAGGGAGGUUGCCUACAGCCGCAGCUGUCGACGCCUACGUUUUGUGUGGUUAAUUGAAUAGAGGCGUUAAUUGGAGCAUUUACGGGAAUUAACUUCUGGCAACUGUUGCAUUUUGGAAAUUGUGUGAUUUUGGUUUAAAAUGGCUCAAUUGCUUUUUUUAUGUUAAAAAAAUUUUAUGACUGAUUUUCAAUGUACAUUCUUGCCAAUUAUUGUUUUAAUUGAGCCUUUUUUUAAAGCUGUUUUAGCCACAGAGACACUCAACCAAAACAUUUUGCAGCGCUAGCUACCAGGCUUAAACUGCAGAGCUACAGACGUGCAACGAGCAGGUGAGUUCAUGAUCGCGGCGGUGCGAGCGUUAGGACCGAGUUAGCGGCUGCGCUACAGCCAGGCCGGUGUCAAAGCUAGCCAUGCCUUGUAUGAAUGCAGUGAUGUCAGAUUGAAGCGUUUACAGCACUUCCACCUUUUUCUCUGAUGUUGCCUGAUUAACCUUGCUGGAGAAAUUCCAGUUCUUUGCACUGAUGUUUGGGAAAGGGAGGGGGAAUGCCACUCUGCUGGGUUCUUUAGUUUUUUUUAAUAUAUUCACUGUUGACACUUGCGUCACUCGCACAGCGGUAUGGAGACGUACGGUACCAUCUAGGCUACACGUCAUCCAUUGCAGUCCUGCAUCCAAAAACUCUCAGCAUAAAUCCAGACUUGUACUUUUCAGUCAGCGGUGACAUGCUCACAAGGUGCAUCAUUUUACAGCUGCGCUUACAGGCUUUAGUUGUAAGUAACAAGCGACCAAGUCCCUAAAACGCGCGCACACAUCAACAUUCUUUUACUGGUCAGCAUACACUUUGUGGCUUUAUAGUGUUGAUAUGAUUUAAAGUGCACUGCAGGCAAAGGUAUUUUCUUUUAUGGACAUUUAAAUUGUUAUAAAAAUGAUUAUUUGUUAUUUUGUUGUGUAAUUCUAUUGACAAUAAAAGACUGGCCAGACUGUUAAUGAGGGAUGGUCGUUGAAUUUAAGUCACGUUUCUUUAUACACUUUUAGGCAUUAGUCCAUCAGUACGCUUAUGUUAUCAUGGAAACUCCCACACUAGAAACAGGUGCACUUAUUUAUUCAUCACCAUUUUUUUGUCAAUGCAUAACUCAUGUUGCGCACACACAAUGGGUCUAGUUCAUGUUCAACCCAAAAGCUCCCAUGCUGCCAUCUAGUGGAUGUAAUCUGCUGAGAAUGUUUUUUAAUUAAAAGAUUUGGUUUGGUUUGGUUUAGUUUAUUUGAACAUGAAGGUUACAAUGGAAUACAUCUCAUGACUCUUUUUUUUUUCUUCACAGUUCUACAUGUCCAAAAGGAGUAGGAAGAAGCAAAGCUUAUUUAAUCCUACCCCCCUUCCAAUCUACAUCUUGUACAGUACAUGUUCACUUCCUGCAUUCCAUGUCAUGUUUUCAGUGAUAGUCAGGAUAACACAUAAUAGAUAACGGUGAGAUAGCCCUCCCCCCAAAAAAAGAAAAAUAAAUUUAUAUAUAUAUAUAUAUAUAUAUAUAGAUAUAUAUAUAUACAUAUACAUAUACAUUAAUAAUAAUAAUAAUGACAAUACUAAAUAAAUAAAUAAAAAAGAACAAAGCUUUUUUCUUUUUUUUUUAAACAAAACAAAGAAAAAUAAUUUUAAAAAAAAAUAAAUAAAAUAAAAUAACAAACCUGAUAGACCAAUCAGGACUCUUUUGCCUUGUAUUUAGCAAACAUCAACUGCAUGUAUUGUUUUUUGAAUUUGCUCAUCUCUGUACUUUGUUUGAGUUCUUUACUCAAUCCGUUCCAUAGUUUAAUUCCACACACGGAAAUGCUGUGGGUUUUCAGCGUAGUUCUCCCAUAUAAAUGUUUUUGUUUAAUAUUCCUCUAAGAUCAUAUUUCUCCUCUCUGAUUGAGAAAUACUGUAUGAGGUUUUUGGGUAACGAGUUGUUAUUAACUUUAUGCAUUAUUCUAGCGGUUUGAAAGUGUACUAAAUCUGCGAAUUUUAAUAUCUGUGAUUUUAAAAAUAAAGGGUUUGUAUGUUCU